AUGAUAGCAGCAGCACAAGUCGACCACCCGCAAGGAUUCAUAAACCUUGCCCCACCUAUUUACAUUUUGACCAACGUAAGCUUGAAAACCGUUAAACGCCGCUCCCCUAUAUCAUCUCCAAAAAUAGUUUGGUUACCUCGGGGAGACCUCGACCGAUUUUGUUGGAGUUGUCUAGUAACAUUACUGUGGUAACGAUUUUAGUGAACUGUUUGUGUUAAAGUUAAGUAGUGGUGUAUUACUUUAUUGAAAAAUGGCAUCGCGAUCGAAAAAAGGAUCAACGCCGUCGGCUGUACAACGGCCGGCGAGCCCGCUGAGUCCCACAAGACACUCCAGAUUGCAGGAAAAAGCCGAUCUACAAAAUUUGAAUGACCGUCUGGCCGGGUACAUCGAUAGAGUAAGAUUUUUAGAAGGUGAAAAUAACAGGUUGACGAGGGAAAUUCAAUCCACCCAAGAAACCGUCACCAGGGAAGUUUCUAACAUCAAAUCUAUGUACGAUCAUGAAUUGUCGGAUGCUAGAAAACUCCUAGACGAAACCCAUCGUGAAAAAGCGCGUUUGGAAAUUGAUGUUAAGCGACUUUUAGAAGAAAAUGAUGAACUGAAAGCUGAUUUAGGUAAGAGGAACAAGGAGUUGCAAUUAGCCGAAAGUUCUGUUAGAAUCUAUGAAACUAGAUGUAACGAAUCGCAGCUCAAAGCUAAUCAGGCAAUUGCUGAUGCUAAGAAAGCUAUCGCCGAUGCUAAAGAACUCGAAAAAGAACGGGACAAGUUAAGGAAACUUCUUGAAGCAACACGUAAACAGUUGGAACAGGAAUCUUUGGCUAGAGUAGAUGUCGAGAAUAAAAAUCAAAGUCUUAGGGAAGAACUAUCCUUCAAUGAUCAGGUGCACCAGCAAGAGCUGACAGAAACCCGCACCCGCCGUCAAGUCGAAAUCAGCGAAAUCGAUGGCAGACUCGCCGAAAAGUACGAAGCCAAGCUCCAAGAAGCCCUACAAGAUCUCAGGGAUCAAUACGAAUCUCAGAUGGCCAACAAUCGCCACGAAAUCGAGUUGCUCUAUGAGCAGAAGAUCAAAAACUUGCAGGCGGCCAACGAUAGAAACCAGAAUUCCGCUUCCGCUGCUCUCGACGAGUUGAGACAAACCAGGACGAGAAUCGACACGAUAUCGUCGAGGAUGCAGGAUUUGGAGAACCAAAACGCUGGCCUGGCCGCCAGAGCAAGGGACUUGGAGAAGUUGCUGGAGAAUGAACGAAUGCGUCAUGCUGAAGAUCUAGCUCUAUUGGAAAGAGAGCUCCAAAGACUUAGGGAAGAAACAGCAAACCAACUUCAAGAAUACCAAGAUCUUAUGGACAUCAAAGUAUCUCUUGAUUUGGAGAUUGCGGCCUAUCGCAAACUUCUGGAAUCCGAAGAAGCGCGUCUUAAUAUUACUCCCAGCGGUCUUGAAGUAGCCCAGCACAGUCAACGCAGCUCCUCCCAGCGCCGCACUCCCAUCAGGGCGGGCGCUAAAAGAAAACGUACUCUGCUAGAAGAGAGCCAGGAAUCCAGCUUAUCGGAUUUCAGCAUAAACAGUUCAUCGAAAGGCGACAUUGAGGUAGCAGACGUCGAUGCCGAUGGACAUUUCAUCAGGUUACACAACAAGAGUAACCAGGAAGUUCCACUCGGUGGCUGGCAGGUGAUCAGGCGUGUCGGCGAAGAGGAGACUGUUUUUAAAUUCCAUAGGUCGCUUAAAUUGGAAGGCAACGGUUACGUGACGAUUUGGAGUUCCGAUCAAAAUAAGGACCACGAACCACCCAGCAAUCUCGUUAUGAAAGGACAAAAAUGGAUUGUCGGCGACAACAUGACCACUCUAGUAUUGAACAACAGCGGAGAAGAAAUUGCAAUUUCAGAAAGGGUAAAGAGGCAGAUUUCGAGCGCGCAUUUAAGACACAGAGAACGAUCGGGGGGCUACCUUUCCGAAGAACUCCAUCACCAGCAGGGCGACCCACAGGGUGACGAAAAGUGUCGGCUGAUGUGAGCUAAAAAAAUCAGAUCGAUUCAAAUGAAACUUAGCGUUUAAGGUUAGAUACUAAUACAGAACGGAGGUGCGUUCAUUCGGCCGCUUCACAUAUAUUUUUUUUCUAAGUGUAAUGAAUCGAUAUUCCUUCAAAGUAACUUCCUGAAGGCAGAACGAACACAACUUAAUUCUGUUAUUGACAAAAACUCACUUCGAAUUGAUCGAUUUAAGGGAAUGAGAAACAUUCCAAGUGGUUUCUUUUUUGGUUUAAAUGAUGAUGGCAUGCAAUUUUGAUUUGUGUUUGCAGAGAUCGACAAAGUUUCGUUUGGAAAUUGGAGUUGUUUUUCUAAUUUUCAGCGCUGCAUUCGAAUUUGAUCUCGGUUUUGGGAAUUACGGGUUUUCGAGAAAAAUUAUAACUAAAAUUCAUCUUACAAGAGAUAAGAUUAAAAAUACUCUUUAUAGUUAAAAUAUGUUUUCGUAAACAUAAGUUUUGUUUUAUUUCAUUUACUACUCGUGAAAUAGCAAUUAUUCCAUCUUUUGUAUAAUUUUUAUAUUCUAACCUAACAUUUAGUAGUUCAAAUGAACAUUUACACAAAAAGAAGAUUUUUGCAAUUCAGUAUUGCUAACUCUAAAAAAAUGAAUAGUUUAUCUCGAAAACAAUUAUUUUUUAAAAUUGGUUGUUAGUGUAGUUUUGGAUAUUAAAUCUGGAUUUACCUGUAUUUGAAACUAAUGAGAUGUAUUUUGUUUCCAAAUCUCGUUAAAUUUCAUGGUAUUGACAAAUAGUCACAUAACAAUGGUUGCGGUCCCUUAAGUAGGACACUACUUAAUAAAUAGAAGAAAAUGGGUGCCCUCCUUUUUUAAUUUUAACAUAUUUUGAGAUGGUUUUGAAUCAUUAUAUAUUUUGAACCUUCAUACUUUUUUUUUCUAAUUUUGACAUAUAUAGUGAGUUUUUUUUGUAAUAGCAAGUGUCAAAAUGAUCUUCUUUAUGCAACGAGUUGCAUAAAGUUGAACAUUAUGAAACUGGUUACGAAAAAUUCAUUAUGUCACUAGUUGCGAAAUAGUACAUUAUACACUUAGGUUGAGAAGUGAACUAUUACUACGCACCUCAGGAUAUAAUGUGAGAGGUUUAUAAUGGCCUCAACCGAAGUAUAUAUAAUUUUUUUUUUACUACUAACACUGAUAUAUUACCAUAUUUGAUUUGAUUAGAUUUUAAUAAACCCAACUAGCUAUUUCCUACUUAUUUUUCAAAUAUUUCGAAAUAUCUAGUAGUCUGGGAGUUUAGUUGUCAAAUUAACAACAUGAAACUAAUGGAAUGGAAUUCAAUUAUUUACCUAGGUGUUUUUUUAUUAUCAUUAUUUACCUAGGGUGAGAAAUAUUACUUUUCAUUAGAGGAAUGGAGUAAAAGAAGAAAAUUCUUUUUUACAUACAUUAUUAUUGAAAGUUUAUAUCAAAGGAGGGAAGGCUAUAUAUAAAUAGAAUUUGGUUAAAUCACUUACAACUUAGUAAUGAAGUUAUGCAUAUGGAACUAACAAUACAAGAAAGUAAUAUUGGUUGCAUAGAUGUUAUUAAUUUUUUUCAAGCACAAUUUUAUAAAUAAUCUAGUCAAAAUUAGAAAAAAAUAUUGUAUGCAAAACGUUACGAAAUGCCGAAUAUGGCAUUUCGUAACUGGUUGCAUAAUAAGUGACAAAAUGGGAAAAACAACUUCAAAUUACUUCAUUUUAAGACAAAUAAGUCCAAAAAAAACUUUGUAGGUGUUUGCGAAGUGUAGAAAAUAUAAACAAGCAAUCGAAAGAUUAAACAAGUUAUGUUAAAAAUUAACAUCACAUAAUUAUAAUCUUUUCUUGAGUAACAUCUUUUAGUUCUGCAUUUAUUUUAUACAAGUGAGAAUGAAUUAUGAUUAGCAUUCAUUCAAUUUCGUUUAUUAAAUUGUUUUCUUUUAUACAUAAAUAUAUUAAAUAAAAAAAAUGUGUUAAACGUGUUUUUUUGCAGUAUAACGUGACAUACCGACCGGAUGGGUGCUAAAAAAAUUGUUAUUUUGAUACAUAAAACACCAGACGUGUUUCUUUUUGUUUGUAUUUUUACACUAUUUUCUAAUCAUCCUGGAAGUUUUAUUUUAUUAGUAAAUAAAAGAAAAUUAAAAAGAAGUGCAGUUUUGUGGUAAUUUGUUAAUUUUAAACAAAAAGAAACGUGUUAAUUGUAAUUAUUGUGUUUCAAAAUGUUGGGUAAGAACAAACGAAAGUAAGCUUUUUGUCAAUAUUUAAUUUUUGUACUAAAAGAAAAUUAUAUUUGAUUAUGUAAAUCUCGUGAGAGAGUUUCCUAGUAAGGUUUCUGUUGUAAAAGGUAUUUAUAGACUUUUAUAUAUUUUUAUUUUAUUAAGUAUUGAACCUAUUAAAGUACAAGUUAUAAAAAAAUCAUUACGAACACAUGGUCUGUUUGUGUUCCGUGACAUUUUUUAUGAACUUUGAGAAAGAAAUAAUUUAUUUUUGUGUUUUUACAUCUUUACCGCUCUGCAUUUUUUAAAACUUUUUUGGUAUAGGUUUAAGUUUAAAUGUAUACUGCUUCGUUUUUGUAUGUGUUCAAUAAACUGUAUGAAGUUCACUAGUUUUUUGUUGUGCCUUACAACAUACCGAUAAGAAAUUGCAUAAUUUAGAUUUUAGUGUUUAGAGGAAGGAAAUAGAUAGACUUAGUUCAUGUACCUCUUAAAAAUUUUAUGUUUUUCAAGGAUUCAAAAUAAAGUAUAUUUUCACGAAAC